AUGGCCACGGAAAAGUACUACAUCAAAGACGCGAUCACGAAACCCGCGAUCCACCACCAGUCUUACGAGAAACUGUGGGAAACAAAAUGGAGAAGAUUUUGCGAAAUGGGUGUAUACCCAUUCAUGUUUGGCUACGUCAAGGAUUUUGAGCCUGUCGUGCAGGCGAUCAUCAAGAAAGGAUUCAAAGAACCAUACGACUGGGACGAAUAUGCACAAAUGUACUUUCCCAAAGCCGAGGAACUCACCAAGAUCGCCGAAGAAGCAGAGGCUGCGGGCGAGAAAGAGAAAGCCUCGGAAUACUACCUGCGCAGCAGUGCCGUCUACCGAAUCUCUCGGUUCCCUGCCCCUCGGUCGGAGAAGCAGAAAUAUGCAUGGAAGAAAGGCGUGGAGAUCUUUUACAAAGGAACCGGCUUGAUGGAGCACCCGAUCAAAGAAGUCCGAAUCCCUCACACACACCGGAUCAAGGGCGAGGGCGAAGUCGUUCCCGUCAACUUCCUCCUCCCUCCCAAUGCCUCGGAAGCGAACCCCGUUCCCUGCGUGAUGAUCAUCACCGGCCUUGACGGGUACCGCACAGAACUUGCAGUUUGGCAACCAGGAUGGCUCAGCAAAGGGGUGGCAUCUAUUGUCGUGGAGAUUCCCGGCACUGGCGACUCUCCUGCUUUGAAACAAGACCCCACAAGUCCUGACCGGCAAUGGUCCAGCGUCCUGGAUUGGAUAGAGUCGCAGAAAGCCAUUGACAGCAAGAAGAUCGUUGCCUGGGGCUUCUCGACCGGUGGCUACUAUGCUCUGCGACUGGCACAUACACACAAGGAUCGAUUGUUGGCGACCAUCAGUCUGGGGGGUGGUGCGCAUCACAUGUUCGACCGGGAGUGGCUGGAACACGCGAACCAACUGGAAUACCCAUUCGAUCUGUCCAAUACGUUGGCAUAUAAGUUUGGCUAUGAGGAUCUCGAGUCGUUCAUUCAAGAGGCGCCCAAGUUCUCGCUACUCAACGACGGCACGCUGGCGAAGCCCUGCACCACGGUAUUGUUGGUCAACGGCACCCACGACGAAAUCUUCCCGAUCGACGACAUGUUCGUGGCCCUUGAGAAUGGCCAGCCGAAAGUGGCCAGAAUGAUCAAGGGCACCAAACACAUGGGCGAGCCUUUCAGUUUCCCCAUCAUCCUUGAAUGGGUCCAUAAGUUGCUGGGAUUGGACGGCAAGGUUAAGGAGCAACUGGCUAUGAUCCCCAGCCGGCCGAAGUACUAG